AUGUUGGAGCUGGACAAGCACCUGCGACAGUUUCGAGGCGAGCGACUCCCAUUUCUGCCGGCUCUGGUCGAUCUGGGUUCUGGAGCUGUUGCAUUCGGCGAUCUUGGCGUCGAUCUGGGCAGUGAGCUGCUGGCAGCUGAGUUGGAACGAUGCGCUGUUGAGACUGAACUCGUAAACGCCGUCCUUGAUCUCGCGGCCGGUCUUCAUCACGGAGGCAGCGUCCAUUUCUGCUCCAAACAGCGACUCGAGCUCGUCUGCCGUGAGCGUGAUGGUUCGCGAGCGUUGCAGGUACUGCUGGACGACGGAGUUGAUUUUGCGGCGGUUUUUGAGCAGCUCUUUGGCGUUAUCGAUCUUCAAAGUGAGCUGUUUGCUCUCUUCGACCUCUGA